AUGAUAUUCAGGGCUGCUGGCAGAGUGCGUUGCUUAGUGGGCCAAACCUCUAUUGCCACUUUCUUGGGGGACUCCGAGUCUAUGACCAAGACAUUGGCCCAAGAGAAACAAGGUUUUAUCGCUCAGCUUGUGGCACUUGACAACCCUAUUCCUCCAACAACAUCCUCUACUGAUCUUGGCCUUCUUUUAGCCAAGUUCACCGAGCUCUUCUCUGCGCCCACUGGUCUUCCACCUUUCAGACCUACUGACCAUCGGAUUCCACUUAAUCCAGGCACCCCACCAGUGAAUGUCAGGCCAUAUAAGUACCCACAUUUUCAGAAAUCUGAGAUUGAAACUAUUGUCCGUGAAAUACUUGCUGUUGGUCUUGUCCAGCCCAGUUGCAGUGCCUAUUCAUCCCCUGUUCUCCUUGUUAAGAAAAAGGAUGGGUUUUGGAGUCUUUGUGUGGACUACCGUUGUCACGCCCUGAUCCAGAAAUAA